CGUCAUUAUUCAGAUAACAUGCGGCAUGAAGAACAUACAGCAGGUGUCGUAGAAAUAUUCCAAAGGGCAUGGUAUCCGGUCUCAUGGCUCGUGAGGACAUUCAGCGCUCGGAGGGUUGCCAUUUGGACGCUGAAGGCUGUUGGUCCACCUUCGGCAACUUCCGAAGACACCUUGCUCCCAGCCGCCAUCUCGUCUUCAAGGUCGACCGGUACCCUGAGCUGGAUCUCGCUCUCGUUGCUACGCUCUCUGUCUGAUAUAGACGCUCAGUACUCCUCACGACAGGAUGACAUCCUCAGAUAACGGAAAGCCCAUCCACCUCAAUCCCUUCAAUCUUCCAAGGUUGGACUCUCGUGCAAGCGCCUACUCGCAAGCAUCUGUAUCUCAGGCUGAGGAUCAAGAAGACGAAAAGAAGCUGAGCUACUUCGACGAUGGAAUCAACAAUCCCGACGCUGGUCCACCCACCUCCCAGCAGCCUUCUCAACACGGGAACCCUGCCGCCGAUCUUGCUCCGUACUCGCAAGCCGCUCAGCCAAAAGAUUCGAUCUCUAGCUACGCGUCCGAGAAGACUCUUAUCGGCGAACGCAAAAAAUCCGGCAGCAAAAGUGCUCUGAAGAACCUCCGGAGGGCGUCCUUCAGUGCCGUUAAGGCUACGACGAACACGCUCGGCACUGCUGCCGUCACGGUUGUCAAACCACUCUCUAUGGUGCAUGGUCCCCGGCGGGGGCGCUCAUUUAUCGUAGACAAUGCCGAAGAGGUCAACAACCGGCGGAAGUUCAUCCUGAUCCUGGCGAAGGCUCUGCUCACUUUCGGCGCUCCAUCUCAUCGAAUUGAAUCUCAGCUCUCUGCCGCGUCUGGUAUCCUCGAAGCCGAUGCUGAAUUCGUGCAUAUACCCAAUAUUAUCAUCGUCUCUAUCAAGAACGCCGACGCGAAGAACACUAGAACUCACUUCGUCCGUGCCACUGGCCGCGUAGCUCUUACGUCUCUACAUAAGGUCCACCUGAUCUAUCGCGACGUUCUCCACGACAAGGUCGGCGUUUCCGAAGGCGCCCAGGCGAUCAAGGCUCUUCUUCGUCGCGGACCGAUUUAUCCUCUGGCUGUGCGCUGUAUCUUCGCUUUCUGCUGCGCGACCAUCAUCUGUGGUCUUUCCUUCGGUGGCUCAAUCCUCGACAUGGUGGUCAGCGGCGCCUGCGCUUGCGCUCUACAGUAUCUUGGACUUAAUGCUGCAAACAAGAGCUCCUUGUAUGCUAACGUCUACGAAAUAUCUGUGUCAAUCAUCGUCGCUUUCGUUGCCCGCGGGUUGGGCAGCAUUCCCGGCAAUCCCUUCUGCUAUAACGCCAUAUCGUCUGCCGGAGUCGUGCUCAUUCUGCCCGGGUUUACAGUUCUCAUCAGCUCGCUUGAGCUCAUGUCUAGGAAUCUCUUCUGCGGUUCUGUCAGAAUUGUGUACGCGGUCAUCUACACGCUCUUCCUGGGGUUCGGCUUGACCAUCGGCUCUGACUUCUACCUCGUAGUCGACCGUCGCGCUCGCCGAAAUUACUACGCCGGCUUCAGCAACAACCUCAACUACACGCACGGUCAUUUCACAAUGCUCAACGGCACGAAUCCGUUCUCGGCUAUCGGUGGAGUCCUCGCCACCGGCAGUACAGCCAGUUACCAACUUGAACAUAUAGUCAAGGGUUGUUUCCGAGAGCCGAGCUGGCCGUGGUGGAAGCAGCCGCUCCCUUGGUGGGCGGCGUUCUUCCUCGUGCCGCUAUACUCGACCCUCUCGUCAUUGUCGAACCUCCAAUCGUUCAGGAGCCUCCAACUGCCGGUCAUGGUCAUCUUCUCGUGUUCAUCGUACACGGCGAAUCGGCUGGCCGGUCUCGUAUUACCUGGACGACCUGAUCUUGUAUCAGCCGCUGGUGCAUUUACGAUUGGGAUUCUGGGUAACCUGUACUCUCGUGUCGCGCACGGGACAGCUUUCACGUCCAUGGUGACUGGCGUGCUCUUCCUUGUCCCGUCCGGUAUCGCACAAUCUGGUGGUGUCACGCCGAACUAUCAUAGCUCUGCGGAGCAGUAUUCGAGCGGGUUUUCGCUGGCCUUGCGCAUGAUCUCUGUCGCGAGCGGUGUCACCAUCGGGCUGUUGGUCAGUCAGGUUAUUGUGUAUUUGUUUGGGCACAGGAAGAACGCAGCACACUUUGCCUUCUAAGUACAAUGUCCCCGGACUGCAUCAUCGUGUCGUAUGCCAGCCCUUCUGUACCUACUAGUCUGUCACCUUGUAGAGCUGGUAUACAAACUUGUCUUCCUAGAUCUGGCUACGCAGGCAUCCCUGUUGUUGGACGGCAUUUUGC